AAAAGACCAGAGUGAAGCUAUCGAAGUGAAGCUCUCUCUCUCCAACAUGAAGACUACUGAGAACCAGCCAGAGACUGAGAAAAAUGGCUCUCAAUGCCUUGUUACUAUGAAUUCCAAUGUCACACUUUCUGAGCCUGAUGAUGAAAGCUUGCUGGAGUUGGAGAGCUCUGAGAUUGAGAGUUUCUAUCAGAGGCUCAACAAGUUGCACAACUCAUCUGGGCUGAACCUUCUUUUUGAUCUCAGACAAACAACACUUGACUUGCAUCUAUUUUACAAAGAAGUUAUUGAAAGAGGAGGAUUUAUUCAGGUUACCUCAGAUGGGAGGUGGGGUGAAGUUGCACUGGCCCUAAAAUUAGAUGGAGAGAAUCUGCAGGAUCCUCAACCUCUUUUAAAACUCUAUGCACUCUUUCUCUACCAGUAUGAACAGCUUUACUAUUACAGGGAACCUCGUGUGAAAGCUGCUUCGACUCUAGGUCAUGCUUUCUACAAUACUGGAGAUAGCUCAGCAAUGGAAGGGAACUGUAGGGACAACUCAUCUCCGAUACCCAAUCUUGAAGAUGCUCUUGUGGAGAAGAAGAAGGUGCCCAAAGAGAAUUAUCAACUAACAUUGAUGGGUUCUACAUCUGCCGAACAAAAGCAGUUUCCCCAGCUGCGCUCAAAGAACAAAGAGAUGAAGAAACGUGUCGGUGCUCCACGAGGGGCACAAAGUGCAUAUCAUAUCUUCCUCAAGAUAGAAUGUGAGCGGUUGAAAAGUACUGAUUCAGGGAAAGUGAAGGGUCAAAAUGUCCGAUACAUGGUAGACAACGCAUGGAAGUCCCUCUCUGCGAGUGAGAAACAGCCAUACAUUGAGGCAAGUAAGAAGGUAAGGGAAAGAAGAGUGGCUCAAGAAGUGGCUGCUGAUGAGGAGAAAAUAUUGACUUGCCAGAAGAAGACCUCAGAGAAUGGGUUGACUGGAGUCAAUGAUGUGGUUCAAUGAGCUAAAGGAACUCAAGAGCUUCAGUUGGGGUGGUUUUUGAAAUGAAAGAUGCUUUAUAUUGAGGGGAGGGUGGAUCUUGUACAUAUACUACAAUGACAGGUUUUCUGCAUUAACUAUGUUAUUAUGCUGUCUUUUUGUAUAUAUUUUGUAAAUGUGUUGCUCCCUGAAGAACUAGAAUUUUAGCAGCCUUGUAUUUUUGGUGGUGAAGCAGCUUCAGACAGGAUUUGAAAAUGUGUCCCCAUCCCCCUUUCCCUUAUUUUUGUAAUCAAGAAGCUCUUUGUUGUAUCCUCUUAAUAGGAUUUGCACCAAUAUGCCUUCUCCAAAUUCCAAUCAUUAUCUUCUAUUCAACA